AUGGCGACCACUGACUUUACAGAAAACAAGAUUCUUCGUUCACCUCGAGCUCCUAUUAAUGUACCUAAUAUCUCUCUGUCGCAGUUUCUCACGUUAUCAUUGGAGAAAUACGGAGAUAAGCCUAUAAUGAUCUCACCCGACAAGUCUCUUUCCUACACUGCCAAUGAUAUUCUUCUGCGUAGCAGGCGUUUCGCCAGUGCCCUCAUACGGCGAGGUCUCAAACCUGGAGAUGUGUUUUGUAUUUGCACAUCUAAUAACGUCCACUUUGCCUCGGUAAUGUUAGGUGCAAUCAGUGCUGGAGCAGUUAUUACUCUGGGAAAACCCACGGACAAAUCAGAGGAACUUCGAUUUAGACUGGAAUUGACCGACGCAACUUAUCUGUUGGUAGAGAAGAAGAAUUUAGAGAAAUCCAGAGAAGCAUUCGUACACCUCCCAAAACUUCAGGAGAUACUUACGUUAGAGAAAACCGAAGGUUGCCCAUCCUUCAUGGAACUUGUUGAAGAAGACGAUGGGUCUGCCUUUACCGGGUCACCUAAAAUUGACCCUAAAGUAACACCGCUAGUGUUACCAUUUUCAAGUGGAACUACUGGUUUACCCAAAGCUAUUAUCCAUACUCAUUUUAGUUUUCUUGCAUCAAUAGUCAACAUGACACACCCAACUGUUUGGAACUUUUCUUCAGAAGAUGUUGUUCUAGGGAUGUAUCCAUUUUGCCACAUUGGUGGCUUCCUCAUCCUAAAUAUAGCUAUGGCUGAAGGAUUAACCAUGAGUGUUGUGCCAUGUUAUGAGUCAGACUUGUUCCUGGAAGUCAUAGAAAAACAUAAGUCCUUAUAA